UGGACCCACGGCCAUCCUACUGUGCACCUCAGCAGUGGUCCAGGACAAGAGCCUAUUACCAUCAUGACCUUUAACUUUACAGAAUCACAAGUCCCUUCCUCCUUUGAGAUUCAAACCUGGAUCCCGAAGGAAAUGAAUUUUAAUGGUGACACCAACACAAAAGAUGACUGGUUUAUGCUGGGACUUUGGGAUGGGAGACCUGCGAUCCAACUGCACAAUCCCUAGGACCAGCUUACAGUGGGCUCUGUACCCUAAGUGAAUGACGAGUAGUAGUAUCAGAUGCAAGCAAAAAUCCAUGGGGACCCCUUGGUGCUGGAGGUGGAGGAGGAAGAGGUCAUCUGCCUGAGACAGGUUUCUGGGCCUCUGACCAACGAACCCCAAUCCACCAUGAGGAUUGCACUGGGUGGAUUGCUCUUGCCUGUUUCCAGCCUCAGGCUGCCAAUGAUCCCUGCGCUGAAUAACUGCCUGACAUUCCAAGACUUACGGGCCUUUUCUCUGGACCUGAGGCUCUAGCUUGCAGCAGAUUCAAGCCACCUUCUUGCUCUGGGGACCCUGGAAAACCCUUCUUGGCUGAGCUUCCAAUUCAAAGAUCACAAGUUGAUGCUGUCUUCCAGGUCAAGACCCUCACGAAGUCUGCCCCUGGCCUUUGGACUUCCUGCUCACCUGAAGCUGAGUGGAUCCAGGGUAGCCUUGAGCCAGGGAUCACAGCACAUCCUUGCUCUGCCUCCAAUAGGGCUUGGCUCCUUCCUCAAGGGCCCAGCCUCAAGGGUGCCUGGUCCCAGGGCGUUAUCAGGAGUGGCUUCUUCUGCUUCCUUUUGCUUGAAUGGUCUUUCGGCACAAGGCCAGAAGCUGGACCUGGACCAGAACCUGAGCAAAAGUCAUGACAUCUGGACUCACAUUUCUCACAGCCCAGGCAAUGAUACCAACAUUACCUAUUAA